AUGGCGUCGCUCGCGCCCCUGAAGAAGAAGCUCAUGGAGGUGAAACUCGGGGAGCUGCCACGCUGGCUCCUGUUGCGGGACUUCAGCCCUGGCGGCAUCGCGGGUGCCUGUCGGAGAGGUUAUGACCGGUAUUACAAGAACAACAGCAUCUCGGGGAUCACCACGGUGCUGGCCACUUAAGUGGUGUUCAGCUACUGCCUGUCCAGCUCAAGCACGGGCUGGCAGAAGUACCACUGAGGAGGGGUCGCUG